AUGGCAGCUGAGUCGGUUGGCGAAUUCUCGCCCACUCCUGACCCGGGUGAGGUGUCUCAACCUGCUAAGCCCGAGCAUCGCGGCCCAUCUGAGAUCGUGCCAAAUCCUUUGAUCGAUGAUUUGAAAGAAUACCAUGCUCGGCGUGGGGUUUUGAUACCACUCAAAACGACCCAAGAAGUCCGACAAGACCACACUAUCACUCAUGCAUACAUCACAAGGGCGCCGACUAAACAAGCCAACGAAGUUAUCACGGCCUUGCGUAACAUGCGACCAGAUGACAAUAGCGCUAACCCCCUACCUCAUCUUCGCAGAUGUUCCAAGCCUGGCGACCUUCCUGCCCACCUCAAGACUCAAUUCAUGAAUGAUAGCUCCGUAGGGCGUCAGAUCCAUACAGCAAAGUCAACCUGGAUCUACAUCAUCAUUGGAGAGGUCAAGGACUUCACACAAGAGGAGCUGGCCGACGUUUUAUCGAUCGUUGAGGGUGCCGAAAACGAACUCUUCAUCGAGAAGAUUCCCAUCCCUCUUCUUGCGCCAACAUCCCAAGUGCAAGCUGCCAUGUGGUCAUCUCAAUUUUGGCCAACCGUCUAUCGGAAGAACAACCCGUUGGGUCCACACCCUAGUAUAGUAGCCCGGGCAACUGAAGAUAUCAAGGACGACACCUCUGUGUGGAUGGCACUGGCUCACCGUGUUGCUCUGCAGGCCAAGGCGACCGGCAUCGGCGAAGCUGUUGGCGCUGUGAUUGUCCAGAGGGAUGCAGGCAAAGUCGAACUCGUCGGGGUUGCAGGAGACGCUCGCUGGCAUCAAGAGUGUGGUCUAUUGGAGGGGACCAGCAACCCUAUGACACAUUGUGUUGUUCGUGCUAUUAGCAUGGUCGCUCAAAAGUUGGUUCGACAUGAAAGACGAGCUGCUGGACUCCCGGUCAACAAGCCUAAUCUCGAGUACGACGCAUUUCAAGAUGGUCCACUGCUUGAUAUAGAGAAGCAGUGCUUUGAACAGGAACACCCGAACAAAGACGGCUAUCUUUGUCAUGGGCUGGAGCUAUAUGUCACGCACGAACCCUGCGUGUCAUGCUCCAUGGGCAUACUUCAUUCUCGAAUGGGCAAGGCUGUCUUUGCUACGCACAUGCCUCGCAGCGGAGGAAUGAGCUCGGAUGAUCGUCCGGAUGGAGGUGGACGAGGACUGGGACUCUUCUGGAGACGAGAGCUCAACUGGAGCCUGAUGGCUUGGGAAUGGGAACGUGACGGCGUACCCGACUUGCCUCCUCUUGACCCCAUCACUCAUGUUUAG